AUGGUUAAUGAAAGUUUUUGGUGUCCCGCCCCCGAGCCGACAGGUGAAGAGCUUGAAAAGAUAAUUUUCUUGACAUUUCUCCGGAACAUCUUUUCCACGCAAAAUGCUUCUGCGAAUCGAGAGGUGGCACGAAUGGAACGGAAACGACAUCGGUUGUAUCCGCAAAAACGGAAAGGAGACAACUAUGAAGAGUCUGUAGAGGCAUGGGAAGAAGAAAAAGAAGUAGGACCCUUAGUUCACAUCAUUGCAUCUCUGGUGCACUCAGCGGGUGUGCCUUACGCAUCGUCUCUGGAAGAUCAAGACACAGCUGCAUCAGCGGCUUCCUUAGUUAGUGUGGAAGUAGCAACAAGCGGCAAUACACUGCAGCCAGCAACCGAAGUAUCACAUGAACGCGACUCUGCGGAAACCACCAAGGUCACCCAGAAACCACGAAGCGCGCUUGCGACUCUUGUUGAAAGCGCCCGUCUAAAGGAGAAACUACAAAAAAUAGAACACUCUGAAACAAAAACUGAUAUCCUUGAAGAGGUGUCUUUGCAUCAUUCGCCCUGUCGCGGCGCAACAGUCAAUUUCCCGUUUGAAGGUCGUGAUAAUCCACUUGCAUCUAACCAGGGUGGAGAUGAUUUUGGUGUGGCUCUACCUCUUCGAACUUUUACAGAUGAUGGCGGCAAAGACUCUUUACACCCAUCUGAAAAUCCUGUAACGAAACAUCCCUCCCAGAUGUCUCAGGAAGAAUUUCUGCGGCAGUUCAAGCGUGCUCCUCGUCGGGGAGAAAUAGGCUACGAUGCAGAGAGUGUUGCUGCGGCUGAGGCCGUUGGAUAUGUCAUGAGUGGCUCCAGGAAUAAAGAAAAACAGCACUAUGUAGACAGUAUUCAAAGAAAACUUCAUGAAAAAGAAGCUCGAAAACUUCGAUUACAAUUCAGGAAAGUUGAGGAUGAAAGAAGUGAAAAUACAAUGAUUCAAGCCAUCUUGGCAAUGGUGAAUGCAAAGAGGCCAAAUGAAGAUAUCUAG